AUGGGCUGCUUUUGCAGUACACCGUUCGAGGCAAAUUGGAACAAAACCGUGAAAGGGAAGUGCUUCAUAAAGACCAGCUCGCCCCUCACGUACAGUCAGGGAGUUGCCAACUGUGUCACUGAUGUGAUUUACGUUGUUGCCCCCAUCAUAUACCUGUCCACCAUCCAGUUACCAAGGCGCACUCAAUGGGGUUUGCGCAUCGUCUUCUGUCUUGGCCUUAUUGCGACCGCUUGUUCAGUUGCAAAGACCGUUGAGCUUUCCGCAUUGAUGAAGACAGCCGAUCCAACAUGGGACGGUGUCAACCUCGCCAUCUGGUCCGCAUCGGAACUCUCGGUCGGUAUACUUGUCGCGUCUCUACCCGCACUCCGAAAGCAAUUCGACAGCUUCUUCCGCCGCAUUCUCUCGUCGACCUUUCUGGGAAUGGGAUCCAAGACGGGGUCUGAUAGCAACGGAAUACCACUGUAUAACGUCGGACCACCCCUUACCGUUGGCAGCCGACCAACGAGAGGCCGUUCGCUAUUCCAAAGAGACGGUCUCGAUGAUGGAGAUAGUGAGAAGUGCAUACUGGACGAUUCAGAGCUGCCUGGAAAGCGCGAAAUAACGAGAACGAUCGUACAUGAGAUACGUAGUGAGGACAGGAGCAACGCACAGGUCCAAGAUCGGGUACACAACAUGUACGGCCAGCUUCAGUGA